UUGGCGUCCAGUCUGAUAAACAUCAUCAGCGAUGUAGUCAGCCUGUUCAUCUGCGUGCUGAUCAUUUGCAGUAAAUACUCACAUCUGCUCAAAAAGGAGACCAUGAAGAUGAUCCUCCUGCGCAAAUUCCGGGUUCUGAUCCUGAUGGUGUUCCUCAUCGCCUGCUCCAUGCACAUCAUGAUAGACUUACUGCCCAAACUGGAGCGGCACGGGAGCAGCGGCUGCUCCUGCUCGCACGCGCCGAGCGAGGAGCCUCAGAGCUGGGGCAAGCAGGGCUGGCCUAACAAGCACACCCUGCGGAUCCUCCAGGACUUCAGCAACGAGCCCAGCUCCAACGUGUCCUCUCACUCCCUGGAGAGGAUCCCGGUUCCCGGGGACAAAACGCAGGCUCUGCGCAGGCUGGAGCACCAGCGCGCCGACAGGAAGAGGCAGUUUGUGCAGGACGCCGCGGUGAGCAAGAACCUGCCGGUUAAGGGUUCAAGGCUCUCGGCUCUCUUUGACCACCCCCUGUAUAAAAGAUCCCUGCCCCCUCUGACGGACGAGGACACCCUGUUCAACGUAAACACGGACAUCAGAUUUGACCCCAAAGCGGCGGAGGACCAGGCAUGGAAUGGGGAGGGCCAUGUGGGGGAGUUCAGCCCAACAGGGAUGCUGACGGCAGAUUCCUACCCCAACUGGCUCCGCUUUCACAUUGGGAUUAAUCGAUAUGAGCUGUACUCCAGACACAACCCCGUCAUCGAAGCCCUUCUGAAAGACCUGCUGACCCAGAGGAUCACCAGUGUGGCGAUGAAGUCUGGAGGCACCCAGCUGAAGCUCAUCAUGACUUUUCAGAACUAUGGCCAGGCCCUGUUCAAACCCAUGAAGUAA